AUUUUCUGGAAAAACUGAUGAGGAUCCAAAUGAUUGGCUUAUUCACUUUGAAAAAGCUGCUAAAGCAAAUAAUUGGACUUCAGAAAAAGCUUUAGAAAUAGUUGAAGAUAUACAUGUUAAACCCUUAGAAAUAUCUCAACAAGAAAUCUUUGAUCAAUUUAUUGAAGAUAAUAAGGAUAUUUGUGCACUUAGUUAA